AUGUCGCUGUCGGUGGUGGUGCCGGGCUCCUGCUGCCCCGUCCAGGGGCUCGACCCGCUACCCCAGACGGCCGCAGCCGGCACCACCGGCACGCCAACGGGCUCGCCUUCCUCCAGCCUGUCGCUGCCGCCUUCCCGCUCCCUCGGCUGCUGCCUCAACCUGUCGCCACACCGCAACCCGCGCCCGGCCGCCCGCUCCCUCGCGUCUGCCGCGGGCAUCCACUUGCUGCCGCCGCGACCGCUGCUGUGGCUGGGGCUGCUGCAGAUCGUCUUGGGCUGCACUCUGGUGGCGCUGAACUUCGUAGCGCAGUCGCUGAGCAGCGCCCAGCAGGUGAAGAAAGCCUGUCCUUUCUGGGUUGGGUCUUCGGUAAUCUUAUCUGGAAUCUUAGGCCUAACAACAUGGUGGAGGCCAAUGAUGCGUUUGGUUAACCUGUUUGUUGCGCUGUCUAUUGCUUGUAUUCUGCUGAACGUGUCUGGAUUUGUCUUAGGAUAUCAAGGCAUUCGGUUUGUGUCCAGUGUACCCAGAUGCGAUUUGGUGGAUGUGGGUGAAAGCAAGAUUUGUUCUUGCUGUGGAGAAUUUCAUCUCACUAAAUGCACAGAAGAAGAGGCUGUGCUGAUGCUAUACCACCUGAAGUCAUGCAGUGCUUCUCACCUUCUUCUCAAGAAAGUUCUCUUUGCUCUUUGUGCCCUGAAUGCUUUCACCAUCACAGUUUGCUUGGUAGCGGCUAUCCUGCGUUGCUUACAGAAUUUUGCAUCAAGAUCCUACAUAGGUGAAUCUCAGGCUGAAGACCAAGAUCAUGCUUUGGAUCUUGAUGAUUUUGUCCCACCUGUGCCGCCUCCCUCCUAUUUUUCAACUUUUAAUUCGUUUACUCCACAAGUGAGCUGCAGGAUGCGUGGCUCUGAUGUGAUUCCAUUGCCCCAUAUUUAUGGAGCACGAAUCAAGGGCAUUGAAGUGUUCUGUCCUCUGGAGCCACCUCCUCCUUAUGAAGCUGUGCAGAGCGAGAACAGCUCUGAGCAGGAAAGUGCACUCCAAAUACAUGUCACGGAAGUUGUUGAUCUGGAGGAAGUGAGUGACAGGGAGGCUUCUCAAGGUGAAGAAAUUCCUGAGCCUUCCAGCAGAGUGAGCCGUUCCCCUUCAAAUGCAAGCUGGAUGCUAGCAGAUAGAGCCGGCGAAAGAGCCUUCAAUCCUUUAAUGAAACGGUCCAACAGUGACCCUUUGUUGUACUGCCGGUUGCUCCAAGAGGCAGCGCCCAGCUGUGAAGCUGCCACAGAGACUGAAGUAAAACCACCACUCUCUGCUGUCACCUUGCAGAACAGUUUGAGAGAAAAACCUUUGAGGGGAAGACCAUCUUUGAUAGACUACAAGUCUUACACAGACACGAAAUAGCUUGUGGCAUGGAUCCUAGAGCAGUCCUCCUGCAGCAUGAGCCCUGACAUACACGAGUUGGUGGAAAGUAUCAAGUCUGUUUUAAAAUCAGAUGAGAAACAUAUGGCAGAAGCUAUCACCAGUGCCACCUUCCUUGAGCAGAUGUUGUCACCUGCCCAUCAAGCCAUGCCAUUGAAUGUCCAUGCACUACCUUCCGGACAGCAUCCUGGACUGCUUCGUCUGGAGAGCUGUGGUGACCUGAGUACUUUCAACACAAAUAAAGAUGAACUGGCAAUGAGGGGAAUCCAGAAAGCAGAGCAUGAAGAGCCUCACAGUGUUAUUGGUGUUGUCAGGGAAACUGUACUUUGAGCUGGUUUCUGUUUAUUCCUCUGUAAAGCACUUCUGUCUGUCAGACAUAUGUGCUACACAGGAAAAUCAUCUCUGUCAUUCUCAAACUAGGUGGGUGGAAAAUUGUGUUGAUAAUCCAUUUUCUUUUUACACCCCCCCACUCAGACUUCUAAGGGGAUGCUUGUUCUACAAAGCCUAUUAAGCAGAUUGUAAUCAGGCCUGUAUUGGCCUCU